AUGGACUGCCUCGUGACAGCCAACACCAAGUUUUGCGUGGACUUCUUCCAAGAGCUAAGUAAAGGUGAUGAACGGGCAAACAUCUUUAUCUGUCCUCUGAGCAUUUCAGUUGCCUUUGGCAUGAUUAGCCUAGGAGCUAAACGCUCUACUGCUGAUCAGAUCAAUGAAGUGCUACACUUCAAUGAAGUUUCACAAAGUAAAGGCACAGAACCUGAAAUUUCUUCAAAAGGAGCAAGUCAAGGAGACCAAGGGGACCAGCAUGAGACGUCAGAACCUCCAAAUCCACAGAAUACAAAGUCUGCGAGUGACGGGUAUAGAGAUUCUGACUCCUACUUUGGGAAGCUGCUCAAGAAGCUGGAUAGUAUAAAAUCCGAUUAUACCCUAAGUAUGGCCAACAGGCUGUAUGGAGAGCAGGAAUUUCCAAUCUCUGCUGCAUAUUCAGAUAAUGUGAUGGAAUUUUACCAUACAAGCAUUGAAAGUGUGGAUUUCCGAAAAGACACAGAAAAAUCCAGACAACAGAUUAAUUUCUGGGUUGAAUGUCAAACUCAAGGUAAAAUCAAGGACCUCUUUGACAAAGACAACAUUACUGAUUCUACAGUGCUGGUGCUGGUAAAUGCCAUCUACUUCAAGGCCAAAUGGGAAAAAAGUUUUGACUAUGAAAAAACAGAAGACUUACCUUUCUGGCUAAACAAGAAUGAGCAGAAAAAUGUGAAAAUGAUGAGACAACAGAAUACAUUUAGAAUUGGUUACAUUGAAGAAUUAAAGACACAGAUUCUUGAGAUGAAUUAUAUCAAGGGAAAGCUCAGCAUGUUUGUGCUGUUGCCCACUUUACCUGCCAAGGACUCCACUGGACUGGAAGAGCUUGAAAAGCAGAUGACUCAUGAGAAAAUAACAGAAUGGACCAGUUCCACUAUUCUGUGCGAGGAAAAGGUAGACGUUUCCUUUCCCCAACUAACCAUGGAAAGCAACUUGGAUCUCAACUUUAUUCUCCAAAAAAUGGGGAUCACAGAUAUCUUUGAUGAAGCCAAGUCUGACCUUAGUGGAAUGUCUUCAAGCCCCAACCUGUAUUUGUCAAAAGCUGUCCACAAGACAUUUGUGGAGGUUAAUGAGGAUGGUACCCAGGCAGCAGCUGCCACUGGAGCUGUGGUUACUGCAAAGUCUGCGUCACCUUAUGUCACAUUUAAUGCCAAUCACCCAUUUUUAUUUUUCAUCAAACACAACAAAACAGACACCAUCCUUUUCUAUGGCAAAGUCUGCUCACCUUGA